CAUGAGUCUUAUUUCAACCCAACUGACAGGUCAAGCUUAAUGCACUCAGAACGACACAUGUGGCCCGAUUUUGGCUGAGAGCCUUUUGGACUGGUAGUUAUACAACAUUGUAUAGCUUUUUUGGCUGUUUUCUCCUGAUCAACGCAAUUCUGUGUGAAAUUUGUGAGUCAGGAUGGUCGAGAUGAACAUGAGGAAAAAUUAGGUAUCCUGAUGGUCGAAGAAGAGUCACAUCGGUCACGUAUCCUCACACGAUGCCUUCCAUUUCGUCCUUUGAGCAACUCGUGCAUGCAGACUUGGUGCGUGGCCUCCGUGACAUUGGCAUUUUGGCGCCCAACAGCAUACAGUCAAGAGCGAUCCCGCUAGGCCUAAGCGGCCGUGAUGUGCUGGUUUGUGCGCAAACUGGUUCUGGCAAAACGCUGACUUUCCUUUUGCCAAUUCUCAACAGGCUUUUGGAGUCAAGUCAACGACAGGCUGAACAGAAAGGAAAAGGUGCAGGCAGAAAGGGUCUGAAAGGCGGAAGAAGCAAGGGCAAAUUGGGCAAAGAAGACUUUCUCGAAGGUCGGCAACAGAGCAAUGUCCUAGCUGUCAUCCUCGCACCAACGGAGCAACUUGCGCAACAGGUGGCUCAAGUAGCCGAGCAUCUUCUUUCCAGCUGCAAACAGAUGCACCGCUCACGCAUUCAGUUGAAAUACGUAAAUCAUUUGCAGUCCGCCAGAGAGAAUGCAGACAGAGUUAACAAUGGCAUGUGUCUCAUUGUGGGAACCCCGGAUAUCGUCAUCAAGCAGUUUGAGACUUGUGAUGCCCAGAUAUUGGCUAUUGAUGAAGCCGAUCUUCUUUUGUGCGAAGGCAGCAGCAUCGCUGGUUCUGCAAACGGUGCUGACUUCCAAAAUCGACAGCGCAUCACCAACAGCUUGCUUGAAGGAAUGCACUCUGCACAGCUGUUUUUGACCAUGGCUCACCUGACGGAGCAACGGGAGAAGGAACUUCUGAGUAGAUUCCCCCACAUCCAACAAGUGGGUCAUACCGGAGUUCUUGUUCCAACUCUAAGGCAAUGCUUCCACUAUUUUCGCGGCGACGAAAGUUCCAAGAAAUCGAAGCUACUUUGGAUUCUGUCGGAAGCAGAAAAGGAAGACCCAGAUACUGAUGGUGCAACAAUCAUAUUCUGUGCAACCUCUGCAAAGGCCAUUGAGCUUCAAGCGCAUCUCCUUGAACGGUGGAAAACUUCGAGUUUGCAUGAAGAAUCUACGAAAAUGUUGAGUCUUUCAGAAGUGGCAGAUAUAAUUCAAUCAUUUCGGGAUGGCGCUACUCAGAUCUUGGUUGCCACUGAUAUGUCUGUUCGAGGUUUGGACUUUCCAUUUCUUCGCCAUGUGAUUCUCUAUGAUGUUCCAGCAGAUGCGACGGCGUUUGUGCAUUGUGCAGGUCGAACCGCUCGUUCUGGGAACACGGGACUCGUUACUUGCAUUGUCGAAGAGGGGAAUGCUUUGGAAACCAACUUUGAUGGCAAAGCCAUACAUUCUUUGAAAGAUGCUCCCCAACUUUCAUUUAAAACAAAUCAAAUAUUGUAA